AUGCUAUCCUUCUGUGAUGUGGCCAUUGAGUUCUCUCCAGAAGAGAGGGACUGCCUAAAGCCUGCUCAGUGGAAUUUGUACAGGGAUAUAAUGUUGGAGAAUUACAGCAACCUUGAUUUCCUGGGUCUUGCUGUCUCUAAGCCACACCUGGUGACAUUUCUGGAGCAAACACAAGGGCCUGGGGAUCUGAAGAGACAAGCAACAGACAGUGUGUACCCAGGAACAAUACCCAAUGAUUGUAACAAUUACAGCAAGGUCAUUGAUUGUAAAUCACUCCUUAUUCAACACCAGAGAAUUCAUAUAGGGAAGAAACUUUACAAGUGUGAAGAAUGUGGAAAGGCCCUUAGUUCUCAAAAAACCCUAUCUAUACACCAGAGACUUCAUACUGGAGCCAAACCCUACACAUGUAAAGGAUGUCAUAAGACCUUUAAUACUCGCUCAUCACUUUUUAUACACCAGAAAACUCAUACUGAUGAGAAAUCCUACAAGUGUGAAAAAUGUGGCAAAUCAUUUUACUAUCCUCCACUGCUGAAGCAACAUCAAAGAAUUCAUUCUGGAGAGAAGCCCUACAAGUGUGAAGAAUGUGGCAAAGCAUUUUAUUUUCCUUCAUACCUUAAGCAACAUCAACGAAUUCAUUGGGGAAAUAAUCCCUACAAGUGUGAAGAAUGUGGAAAAAGGUUUUCUUGUUCUUUACGGCUUCAAGUCCAUCAAAUAAUCCAUACUGGAGAGAAAUUGUACAAGUGUGAAGAAUGUCACAAAGCCUUUCGUUAUCACUCAUCGUUUUGGAGACACAUGAGAGUUCAUAUUGCAGAGAAAUCCUACCAGUGUGAACUGAGUGGAAAAGGAUUUACUAAGCCUGCCUUCCUCAUUGGGAAUAGGGCAGCUCUUAUUACAAGGAAAGCCUACAAGUGUGAAGAGUGUGGCAAGUGUUUUUGCUCACCUUCAUCACUUAAACGACAUCAAACAAUCCAUUCUGAAGACAAUCCCUACAAGUGUGCAGAGUGUGGCAAAAGGUUUUCCUACUUUGCACACCUUCAAGAACAUCAGACGGUCCAUACUGGAGAGAAACCAUACAAGUGUGAGGAGUGUGGCAAAUGUUUUUCCUCAUCUUCAUCCCUUAGACGACAUCAAUCAAUCCAUUCUGAAGACAGUCCCUACAAGUGUGCAGAGUGUGGUAAAUGGUUUUCCUGUUCUAGGAGUCUUCGGGAACAUCAAGCAAUUCAUACUGGAGAGAAACCAUACAAGUGUGAAGAAUGUCACAAAGCCUUUCGUAAAUACUCAGCCCUUUGGAAACACAAGAGCAUCCAUAAUGCAGAGAAAUCCUACCAGUGUAAAAAGUGUGGAAGAUGUUUUGCCUCAUCUUCAUCUCUUAGACGACAUAAAUCAAUUCACUCUGAAGACUAUCCCCACAAGUGCGAGGAAUGUGGCAGAUGUUUUUAUUCAUACUUGUUUUUUAGACGACAUCAAGUAAUCCAUUCUGAAGACAGUCCAUAUAAGUGUGUAGAAUGUGGCAAACGGUUUUCCUGUUCUAGAAGUCUUCGGGGACAUCAAGCAAUUCAUACUGGAGAAAAACCAUACAAGUGUAAAGAAUGUCAUGAAGCAUUUCGUAAUAGCUCAUCCCUUUGGAGACACAAGAGAGUUCAUACUUCAGAUAAAUCCUAAUAG